GAAGGCGGUCUGACAGGGGGGAGGGGCCGGGGGCGAGCGCGCGGAGCAUGCGCAGAAGGCGGUCUGACAGGGAGCGGAGAGGGAGGGAGAGAGAGAGAGAGAAAAAAAACAGCCCCAACCGCCAUUUGUCUGCGAGGAAGGCGAGCGGGUGAGAAGCCGUCAGAAAACUACCGUCUUCAGCCCGACAGAGGACGGCGGCUUCUCCGGGGCUCGACUCCGUCGACGGGGCCGCUCGAGCGAAGCCGAGGCCGUGGUGGUGUGAGCCGGACUCGGGAGGGGAAACGGUUAAAAGAAAAUCACCUUAAAUCAAAAAGAGAGUGAGAGAGAGAGUGAGAGAGAGAGAAAAAAAGGUGGUGGGUGGGGAGGGGGGGAAGAAAACGACAGCCAUGGAUAAGAACGAGCUGGUGCAGAAAGCCAAGCUGUCCGAGCAGGCGGAGAGGUACGAGGACAUGGCGGCCGCCAUGAAGGCGGUGACCGAGUGGGGCGAGGAGCUGUCCAACGAGGAGAGGAACCUGCUGUCGGUGGCCUACAAGAACGUGGUGGGGGCCCGGCGCUCGGCCUGGAGGGUCAUCUCCAGCAUCGAGCAGAAGACGGGCGAGGGCGGCGGCGGCGGCGGCAACGACAAGAAGCUGCAGCAGGUGAAGGAGUACCGCGAGAAGGUGGAGGCCGAGCUCAGCGACAUCUGCAACGACGUGUUGGGUCUACUGGAUAAGUACUUAAUUCCCAAUUCCACUACCGCUGAGAGCAAAGUCUUCUACUUGAAGAUGAAGGGAGAUUAUUACCGAUACCUUGCAGAAGUCGCUGCAGCAGAAAAUAAAAAACAAACUGUCGAGAAUUCCCAGACCUCAUAUUCAGAGGCAUUCGACAUCAGUAAGAAGGAGAUGCAGCCCACACACCCCAUCCGGCUAGGUCUUGCUCUCAACUUCUCAGUAUUCUACUACGAAAUCCUGAAUUCUCCUGAGCAAGCCUGCGCACUGGCCAAGACGGCAUUUGAUGAAGCGAUCGCAGAGCUAGAUACACUCAAUGAAGACUCCUACAAAGACAGCACACUCAUAAUGCAACUACUCCGAGAUAACCUGACGUUAUGGACAUCAGACAACACAGCAGAUGAUGCCAAUGGUGGAGAAGGCGAGAACUAACUGCACACACAGGAGGACACGCUCUCCACUCCUCUUUUACAUGUCUUCAUUCCUUAGUGUUCCACUGACAAUGAGUUCCUCCAGGAAAGGAAUUUCUCAAUCACCAAUCCUGAAUAGAUGCACAUGUGAAUGCCACAAUUUAGCCUAUGAAAAAUCUGCAGCUUGGAACAAAUGCCAUUCCUCAGCUUUCUUUUGCUAAUUGUUCUGACUUUGUGGUGUGCAGUCGGUGCGCCUGCUACACAAAACAGCAGAGAUUAAACUCGCAACCGGCGCAUUUGUGAAUAAGUUGAUGUAGGUCCUUUUUGGUUUGCAAUGGAAGUUCAUGAUUUGCCAAGAGCAUCUAUUAUAAUGAGUGGGGGAACAGGAGAGAGAGAAAAAUUAUAUCCCAAAACAUUUAUAUAUUAAAAAAGUGUUUGAAUAGCGCUUAAUACAUUUGGCGGCUGGCUCUUAAAGACCUCUGUUUGAUUGCUUAGGGUCGGGGUUUGGUCCUUGCGUACUCCUGACAUUUACCAGAUAAUGCAAGCUUCUCCUUCCUGCCCAAAGCAAAUGUUCAUCAAGGUUUGAGAGUCGAGGUCUUGGAACUGAAGAUGAUCAAUAUUUAUUAAAACGUGGCUUUUGCAGCUGCCGAGCCACCUCGCGGUGUCGGCUCUGGCUUCCCAGCUGGCUGCCUUGACAGUUGAGUCCCAUGACUGCCUUUCAUUCCCAACCCACUCGCAGAGUGAGGUUUUGACUGUUAUACAGAGAUUGAGAAGCCCAAUGGCAGUGAAAUGUUGCAUUAGUCUUCCCCCACCCCCUCCCCCAGGAGGCUACUAGCCUUGUUUUGGUUGUUUGGGUGGAGGUGGGGGGAGAGGGGGGGAGAAUGGUAUAUUGGAAAAAUGGGGAAAUCUGUUUAAAGGUGUACAUUCAAAACAAGUGUCCCUAACUAAUUAAUUGUGAAUAACUUUUGCCCUUCCGGCUUUCUGCUCAUAUCUGACUUUAUGAGACUGCUGGGUGGAUUACUGAUCUUUCUCCACCUAUUCAGACCGAUCUGCCCUAUUUGAUACCAGCCGAAGUCCAAUUUUCUAUUUUUGCCCGACCAAAUUUGUUACCCUUGUCUGUGCGAGCAGUGACAUUUCACACCAAAGUUGGGCCUGAAAGAACAGACUAGAUUACAGUAAUUGGAACUAAGGGGGCCAACUAAUUUCAGUUGGGUUAAUGGAAGAGGUUAUCAUCUGUACAGAAUAUUCACCAAAAUCUAGUCUGGUUGAUUCUCAAAAUAUAAAUAUAUCACACAGCCAUGUCUGGUAGCUGACUGCAGGUUGUGCGUUUUCAGUGUCAGCUCAUGCAGUGUAGAUACUAUGUGGCCUUUUAUCAAAACUACCACUUGUUUUAUUAGCUAUUGGUUCAGUUCCAGAUCAAUAAAGUGCUAUGUUCCGACUCACCACAAUAUUUGUGACAGGGCGGGGUGGGGGUGGGGGGGGACAACAAAACAGAUUGGAUUUAAUGAACUUGAAGGGACCUACGGUGUCAGGUUUUGACAUUAGUUUUGUCAUGGAAAUAUUGGCAGUAUUUAAUCCAGCACUGUGCUGUAUUCUUAUUCUAUAUAUGUAAAAUUUUAAUGAAGGAUUUACCCUAUUUUUUGUUUUCAAAGUUUGAAGCUGGUAACUGAAAGUGAUAUGCAAUGCAAAUAAAACAUUCUUCACUAUUCAA